CUUUCUUCUUCUUUCUUGCUCUGUUUGAAUGGCCGGUGUUGGACAUUACUGGUUACUUACACGUCGCGGUGAUAUUGACUAGCAGAGCUUCGACAUGGAAAAGGCGACAGCACAGGACAAAAGAUCACAGCUAUCAGCGCGAUGGCACGGAUAGGCGUACGCAUAGGCAUGGAAUGCACACCGCACACACCCUCUCCUUCUCAUCAAACCCCAGUCUCGGCACCCAAGACUCUGCCUCCACGCACCCCUCCCCCAGCUCCCCCUACUCUGCGCCAUUUCCGAUCCAAAGAAACCGCAGUACCGCAAUCUUAUAUCGAAUAGAAAGCGGGAUAUGUACCCUCCCACUUAGGCAGCCGCCGAAUACUCUCACGGGGGCAGUUCUGAAAGGGGGGGUGCCUCGACCCAGACCGCAGGAUCGGGUGGAUGGCUUAAUCUUGCGCUACCCUCACAGUAAAGAAGGGGAGGGGGGAGACGCACGCCAUGGGGAGGGGGCGGGGUCUCUUGUGUGUUCUGCGCUGGGUGUGGUGAUGACGUUACAUCUCACUGACGAUGCAGGACUCGCUGACGAUGCAGGACUCACUGGCAAUGCAGGACUCGCUGACGAUGCAGGACUCACUGACGAUGCAGGACUCACUGGCAAUGCAGGACUCACUGGCGAUGCAGGACUCACUGGCGAUGCAGGACUCGCUGGCGAUGCAGGACUCACUGACGUUCGUAAAGGUGCCGCGAGGCUGAGGAAAAUGUCUUGAUUAACGGGAACGCCGGUGAUGCUCGUCGAGUAUCGUACAUAU